GCGAUUGGUUAACCUUGUCCGACACCGGCCAAAUUGGACCUCACAUUUAUAAACUUUGGACGUCACAUUCACUUCGGUCACGAUGAACUCGGAUGCUGCAUUCCUCGACGAGGUGAAUGAUUUCCUCAUUUCAUGUGAUCUACCCACUGUUCCAUUGCCAUGUGAUAGCGAUGAAAGCCGGAACGCUUCGAAACCUGAGACUUCUCCAGAACGGUUGGUUGGAGUAGCCCCUCGACAGCUCUCAGCGCGUAGGCUGACGAAAACCAUCAUGGGUGCUGCUGAAAGGCACGAGUUGGAAAAGGCAAAGGACCGCAAGAGAAGGCAAGGGUACCGUGAGCGCCGUCGCAUCGAGCGCGAAAGUCUUCAACAAGAAGUCGAGAAGCUAACAAAGGAACUACGAAACGCGAGAGGACGUAAGAACUUGCUUGCUUCAGCGUGGGAGAUGCUUGCAAAACGUCAACUUGCUGCACGAAUGGCUGCUGAAGCGGAACAAAGGCGGCUUUUUAAAGCCGUAAGCAGUCGAGCUGUUCUACUCGAGGAAUUUCAAGACUUGAUGAACCAGCGAGUCGCCAAGUGGUGUGACUUUUCUUCAAGCGAAUAUGUUGAUACUAGAACCGCCUCCUAUCAGCACAAGCGGAUCCGGUUAGAGCCUAUGGAUGAUGCGAUCUUCUCUGCAUAUAUUCAAGAGCUAGGAGGUGUCUUCACUCAGACCGACGAAGCCUUGCGUUUGAGGGGAUUGGACGCCACAGAGCCGAACUGGGACGAGCCAAGCGAGACAUGGAUCAAGGACCCAGACACAGGAUAUUUCCUAUACGGAGGGAAGCUAACUCUUCCGUUCGACUUCCGUAAAUUGUGUAUGUCGCGAUGGUAUACAGCACCUUUAUGGCACCGUCAAGAGAGUCGACAGUUGUACAAGGGCUUGGAUGACCCAGACAACACGUUGGCUUUAAAAUUUCGAAUUACAACUCGCUUGGCGUCUGGCAAGAUUGCAUCGGUACUGCAGCGUGUAGCCAUUCGUCGCUAUGAAGAGAACGAACGCAUGGUGAUCGUCUGGCGGUUGUUCACUGAAGGUGAAGGAAUUUUCGCCGGCAUGAAUGCCGAUGAGACAGGGUGGAAUGUGGUAGUUCCUGCGAAAAAAGGUGCCGAGACUGGUACGGUGCUGCUAACAAGCGUCCGCAAUGUACCCAUGCACCUGACCGAUGUGGCAAAGCACCAGCCCACUGUGCGGCAGUUUGCUAGCAAGCUUGUUGAAUGGGGCUCCGAAAACUGUGUGGAGGUCACGAAUGCGCUCAAGUAUUCUUUGCUUACGGGGAAGUGAACAUCGUUGGUAUCGUAUCGAAAAGAUUUGUUGCUACUUAUAAUAAGCUUGGCUAGCAUUUUGUACAAUAGAUGUGGUAAAUGUGAUGCAUGUAUUACUUCCCAUCCUUGCCGGAGCACACAGAAAAAAUAAC